AUGACAGGAUUAUUGUUCGUUAUACUUGUCGUAACUCACGCGGUCGCAGGAUCGCGACUAUCCGCGACCAAUGAGAAACGAGUAAGAAGAUUAGUACGAGAUUGGGCACCUUUAGUAUGGCUUGCGCCUGGAGAACGAUUCUUACCGCUCGGUGUAACCGAAUUCCUGGAUAACGUACAAUCGGACCAGUAUUACCUUCACACUAGAAUAGACGUAGAAUUUUAUUUAUCAAAAUGGCGGAUCUGCAGCAGCGUGAUGGAGACAAUCGAAAUAGCAUGGCGUUCCGCGGCUAGCAGCACAAGUGUCGUAAUUUUUGGUUUAGAACAAAAAAACAAAUAUUUUAAUUUUCUUUACUCAAAUAUCUACGGAAAUGCAUGUUAUCCCUUAAUUCAUAUAUGUAUAUAUUCUGUACAGAAAUCCUUAUUACAAAAUCGAUCGUCCUUCUUGUAUGGUCGAAGGCCCGCUGGAACCGUGCCCAUCUAUGCUCUCGUGAAAAAUUGCGUUUCCAAAGACAUGCGACUACGUGCAAGAAAUACGCCGAUGCUGAAGACAUCCGAGGAGCGGAACACUUUCACGUUGCUACAGGAUUCAGGAUUUUUGGCUCAACGACAGACCUACAGUGCCAAUGAUCUAAGAGAACAAAUUAUAUCGCAAGAACAAAUGCGACAGGCGGCAACAGUGCCGCGAUUUGAAAAGAUCAGAGAAGAGAAUGGAUGUCAAAAAGUGCACUUUCACGUGACCUAUUGGAUGUUCUAUCCGUUUAGCGAAGGAAAAACCAUUUGCGUAUUGGAUCUUGGAUUUUUUGGUAGCUGGCCGAUACCUACUAUUAGUGGCGUGUGCAUAGGUACGCUUAAAGAAUAUGGUAGUCACAUCGGAGAUUGGGAACAUAUGAGUCUUUAUUUCAAGGACAACGAAUAUCCUCUGGCAAUGUAUGUAUCAGCACACGAUGUCGGUGCAUUUUAUCAGUAUGAUCCGCGAAAUGGUACUUUCAUCUAUGAGAGUCAAGAAACGAGAAAAGGUCUCUUCCAGAAGCCAACAUUUCCUGAAAAGGUUUAUACCGCUGGUGAUUCACACCCGAUUUUAUUUAGCGCACGCGGUUCUCACGGGCUUUGGACAGCUCCAGGGAAGCACAAGUUCGUUCGAGUACCUCGUCUGUACGACGAGAGUGGGUUUGGAACUGCUUGGCCAACAUGGAAAAGAUUGGAGUUGCUCUUGGAAGAGGAUAAUGAGCCUUUACCAGGUUGGAUGACUUUUAAGGGCAAAUGGGGUAAUCCCAGCAGCAAUUGUCAUCCACUAGCAAGACUAGGUUUUAACAUUUGUGAAUUUGUAGACGGCCCAACUGGAAUUCCUAUGAAAAAAUUCAAUUUUCGAUGUUAAAACUUACUAUCGACUAAAGUCGAUUAGGCAAAAAGACUGAGACGCGUCGUUUCAAUUCAAAUUUUAAAAUGAUUGUGAUAUAUGGUAUAUACAGAGUGUCCCAUUUU